AUGUCAGUCACGCUGCACACAACUCAUGGAGACAUCAAGAUUGAAGUCUUCGUCGAAGCAGUGCCUAAGACAGCCGAGAACUUCCUCGCGCUAUGCGCCUCUAACUACUACGAUGGUUGCAUCUUUCACCGUAACAUCAAAGGUUUCAUGAUCCAGACCGGUGACCCGUCUGGCUCUGGAAAAGGUGGGCAGUCCAUCUGGGGCAAGCCAUUCCCAGACGAGCUCCGUUCCACCCUGAAAUUUAACGCCCGUGGUGUUGUGGCGAUGGCCAACUCCGGCCCCGACACCAACAAGUCUCAGUUUUUCAUCACGUACGCUAAACAGCCUCAUCUGGACUCAAAAUACACAAUCUUCGGCAAAGUCAUCGAUGGCGCGGACUCUACCUUGGACGCCAUGGAACGGGUGCCAGUGAACAACAAGAAUCGACCGCUCGAUGAGAUCAAGCUGACCCAUAUUACCAUUCACGCUAAUCCUGUAGCCGACGAAGAGCUCAGAUCGUAG